UUCAGUCCGGCCAGUCGCAUCGGGCGAUCCCAAGCUAGCUAUCUCCCAUUAUCUCCCACCACAACGGUUCUAAAUUCGGAUUAAACUGAAACAAAAAUAAGUUUGAAGAGUGCUCAACAAUAAAAAAAAAAUCAAAAUGCGUUCGUGCGGUCCGAGCCUAAUUAAAUAUGUCCUAUUUGCCUUUAAUGUUCUGUUUGCGAUCUCCGGCCUGGGAAUUCUCAUAGCUGGAGCUGUUGUCCUCGCCGAUGUGAAUGAGUUCAAUCACUUUGUGGAAGGCCGAGUCCUUGCUCCACCCAUUGUCCUCAUAGUCACGGGUUUGGUUAUAUUCCUGAUCGCUUCCCUGGGAUGUUUUGGCGCGAUCAAGGAGUCGCCAACGCUGCUUCUAACGUUCGCUGUCCUUUUGGCCGUCAUCUUCAUCGUGGAACUGGCAGUUGGCAUUGCGGCGAGCGUUUUUAAGAAGGAUCUCGAAUCGAUGGUGAAGAACUCGCUGCAGGAGUCCAUCAAGCGUUCGAACAACGAGGAUACCAUGGCCUGGGACAACAUCCAGCAGAAGCUGAUGUGCUGCGGAGUGGAUUCCCCGGCGGACUGGAGGACCCUCAGUGCGAACAAAACCCUUCCGGCCAGCUGUUGUCAGCCGCAUGUCAUCGAUGCCACCGUGGGACACUGCCUGGACUCCCCGGCUCUUGGCAAGGACAAGUUCUUCCAGGACGGCUGCGUUGGCAAGCUGAAGGAUCGGAUCGAGAAGAACGCCAUCAUCCUGAUCGGUGUGGGCAUCGGCAUUGCCUUUAUUCAGAUUCUGGGCAUCGUUCUAGCCUGCUAUUUGGCCACCUCAAUUCGCCGAGAGAGGGCCAAGUAAAAUCCAUCGAAACAACCAUCGAAAUAUUGUGUAUCUAUAUAUAAUUGAUAACUGUUUAGCCCUAUUUAGAUGAAGUUCAAUUACCACUGAACCCUGCUCAAUUUAUAAAUCAAAACUAGAGGUUUACAAAAAACGCAACAAUCGUCAUCAAAUUUAAAAUAUCAUUACCAAAUUAUCAUUAUUCCUGAUUAGGAAAACAUCUGGAUCUCCCUGAAUAAAAACCAAACAAAAAAUGUUCUUAUAUCCCAGCUAUUACCAACCAAAUUCAACUGGUGUUGUAGUUUUCAACUUACUUAAUAAUAAAAUCCCCAUAGAACUAUCUUUUUCAUAAAUUGUAGUGAAUGGAAACCCAAUCUUGUUACAUUGCUCAAUAAAUAUUACUUUCAACCAAAUCGCGGUU